AUGGGAGAAAACUUGUCUCCUGAUUUGGUCAAAAUGGCCCUUGGCUUUUACCGAAAAGAUUGCUCUGAAACAGGCGUGUUUCACCCACUUUCCGCAAGUCCAAGACAUUUUAUCCGAUUCUUCGUACUUUUCGCUUUUGGUAGCAAAAUUUGCAACUUCAGCCCAGCCGCUUUUACAUAUCUACGUGCUUGUAUAUCCACAUAAACACGUUGCGUGGUUUGAAUGAAACGCUCGAAUUGAAGCGGCAAUUUGCGUCGAAACAAUAAUCGACCAUAAAGCAAUGAAAGCCAAUCCAACUGGCUCGAUUCCGCGGAUGAACUUUGAUAUUCACAGUUUGUUCAUUCGUUUUCCAGGUAAACGGAUCGUGGAGCUUGCCCGGCUUUGUCUGUGACUUUUACAUCGCAAUGGACGUCACGUGUAGUACCAGUUCCAUCUUCAAUCUCGUAGCAAUCUCGAUAGACAGAUACAUAGCAGUGACCCAGCCGAUAAAAUACGCCAAGCACAAGAACAAUAGAAGAGUGUGGUUGACGAUACUGUUGGUCUGGGCGAUAUCUGCCGCGAUCGGCAGCCCGAUUGUUCUCGGCUUGAAUAACACUCCGGACCGAAUACCAGACCAAUGCCUCUUCUACAAUGCGGACUUUAUCAUCUACUCGAGCCUAUCCAGCUUCUACAUACCUUGCAUCAUUAUGGUGUUUCUCUACUACAACAUAUUCAAGGCGUUGCGGAACAGAGCGAGAAAGGCAAAGAUCAAUAGAAAGCCUAACUUGGGCGACAUAAAACCAGGCAGCAUAAUCGAGAACAUCGCACAUACGCGCAGAUCACGUAGUGGGUAUUCUGUGGCAAGGUUUGCGGAGACGGCGCUGGGGGCGGCAGCUCUCGUGGCUCCUGGCAUGGAGGAGCCGACGAACACCGCGUCCGGAAGCAACGAAGACGAGGACGAGACGCCCCUUGAUCCUGUCGUGGUCAUCUCGAACGAUAAGAGCACCGAGUUUUUUUUGGCCACUGUCGUCGAGGAAGCAGCCGCAGUGGCUCAAGCUCAGCUGGGUGGAACGCAGAAUGCCAGAAAGGACUCUGGAUAUGACGGUGCAGCGAGCAGCACGGUGAUUCACGAACCGCUAGAAACGAAUUCCAGCCCAAGCCCGAACCCACGAAUCACCUCGGCUCCGUCGUCCUCCACUUCUUCGUCGCCGCCUCCGAAAAGUGCGCCGGCGAGCCAGGCCUCGCAGCCCAAGAAGAACGGCGCCGAAACGAACAAGCAAGAAUUAAAGAGGCUCAAGAGCGCCGGGUCCCUUCUUCCUCUUCAGCUUGGGCGAACGCCAAGCGUCCUGUCUGGUUCGUCUGCCUGCAAGAAGGACAAGAAAAAUGCCGUUUCGGGCUCUCGGUUUACGAUAUACAAAGCUAACAAAGCGAGCAAGAAGAAACGGGAGAAGAGCUCCGCGAAGAAGGAGCGUAAAGCUACGAAAACGCUGGCUAUCGUGUUAGGUGUAUUUUUAAUCUGCUGGCUGCCGUUCUUCACCUGCAACAUCAUGGACGCAAUUUGCAAAAAGCUGACGCUAAACUGUCAGCCCGGUGUCAUAGCCUUCAUCGUGACCUCUUGGUUAGGCUACAUGAACAGCUUCGUAAAUCCCGUGAUUUACACUGUGUUCAAUCCCGAAUUUCGCAAAGCUUUUCACAAACUGGUCAGCUUCUAG